AUGCGGUACAUUGUCUCAUUCCUGCUUGUUUCCUUCUUCCUCGCGAAUGCCAAACCCCACCCAGAACGAAGGGAAUUGAGUGAACACGACCAUAAUGAAGAAAACCCCGAGCUCCAUAAUCUCAAGUUCGAUCAUGAAGCAUUCCUUGGUAAAGAAUUAGCCGCAGAAUUCGAUAAGCUUACAGAUAAGGAAUCCAGAGAACGUUUAACUGAAAUCUUCAAGAAGAUUGAUCAAGAUGGGGAUAAAGCUGUCUCAGAAACUGAGUUGAAGCGAUGGAUUUCUUUCGUUUCCAAGACUGCGGUUCGCGCUGACGCCAAUCGUCACUGGAAGAAUCUUAACGCAAACAAAAAUGAACCUCUUGCAUGGAGGGAUUACCUCGAAAGGACCUAUGGUGUUGAAGAAGAAAUUUCUUCUGAUCCCGAACGUCAUGCUCAAUACAUCAAGAUGAAGAGGGCUGAUGAACGACGUUGGAAUGCUGCUGAUAUGAACUUCGAUAACAAGCUCAGUUUGGAUGAAUACAGCGCCUUCCUUCAUCCACAAGACUACCCUAGAAUGCGCAACGUGGUCGUUGAGGAAACACUUGACAGCGUGGACAUAGAUAAGGAUGGCUACAUCUCAAUUAAUGAAUACCUUGCUGAUCUAGCCAGAUCCUUUGGCAGACAAUUUGACCCCAAGGGACCUCUUGAUGAUUGGGGACAAAAGGAGAAGGAACAAUUCUUGGCCCACCGUGACAAGAACGGUGACAAGCGUAUGGAUAGACAGGAAAUCGGUGAAUGGAUCAUGCCAACUGAUUACGAUCCCGUUGAAGCUGAAGCCAAGCACCUCAUCUAUCAUGCUGAUGACGAUAAGGAUGGAAAAUUGCAAGAGAAAGAGGUUCUUGAGCAUCAAUCUUUGUUCGUGGGCAGCCAGGCGCUCAAUUAUGGACGUCCUCUCGGACACGAGGAGCUCUAA